UCUCCGCGAAGAGACUGCGUUGGGCCCUGAGUGGGCGUGGCUUACGUGUCCGCAGGCUCUCCAGGCAGGCCUGGCAGGGGGGCCAGGUUGCCAUGACGACCGCGGCUACCUCGCAGCAGACUCGGUUGGUGACUCCGGCGCGUCGAAGAGCGUGUACCUGUCGUUCGCUGUGGCUCAGUUUCCCAGUAAUCCAUGACAACAGCGGGGAUAACAGGAGCCAUGGGCAGCAGGAAGAAGGAAGUUGCCCUGCAGUUGUUGAUGUCUAUCAAGGCUGGUGUGGCCCCUGCAAACCCGUGGUGAGCCUCUUCCAGAAGAUGAGGAUCGAGGUCGGCCUGGACCUUCUGCACUUUGCAUUAGCAGAGGCAGAUCAUCUUGAUGUCCUCGAAAAGUACCGAGGGAAGUGUGAACCAACCUUUCUGUUUUAUGCUGGAGGAGAACUGGUGGCGGUGGUUAGAGGAGCAAAUGCCCCACUGCUGCAGAAAACCAUCUUAGACCAGCUGGAGGCGGAAAAGAAAGUGCUGGCUGAAGGCAGAGAACGGAAAGUGAUUAAAGAUGAGGCUCUUUCUGAUGAAGAUGAAUGUGUUUCCCAUGGAAAGAACAAUGGUGAAGACGAGGACAUGGUUUCAUCAGAGAGGACCUGUACCUUGGCCAUCAUUAAACCGGAUGCAGUGGCCCAUGGAAAGACUGAUGAGAUUAUUAUGAAGAUUCAGGAAGCUGGGUUUGAAAUUCUAACAAAUGAAGAGAGAACCAUGACAGAGGCAGAAAUGCGACUUUUCUACCAACACAGAGCUGGAGAGGAGACAUUUGAGAAGCUGGUACAUCACAUGUGCAGUGGACCAAGCCACCUCCUGAUCCUCACCAGGACUGAGGGCUUCGAGGAUGUGGUCACUACCUGGCGAACUGUCAUAGGCCCCUGUGACCCCAAUGUGGCCAGGAGGGAGCAGCCUGAAAGUCUUCGGGCUCAGUAUGGCACAGAAAUGCCCUUUAAUGCCAUCCAUGGAAGCCGGGAUAGAGAAGAUGCUGACAGAGAACUGGCAUUGCUCUUCCCCAGUUUGAAAUUUUCAGACAAAAAUACAGAAGCUCUUCAGGGAUGAUAAGCUUCGGGGAAGCAGAAGACCAGCCUGUCCUGUGUGCACCACAGUCUGGGACAGCCAUUUACUUCAGAGAGUUCAGUUCCUCUCCCCUUUUGUGAAGAAGACAGACAAGCUGUCAGCCAAGAUAUAGUGUGACGUGUUCUACAGAUGCUGCAGGAGCGCAAAAGGCAUCCCUGGAAAAGCCGGGAAGGGAGGGUGGAGAGUGGAUCAUGGAAGGCUUUUUCGAAGACAUGGCAACCUGAUAGGAGUUUUGAAGGAUAAAUGGCCAGUGUCCAGGCAUUUUUUUUCCUUGCUUUCAGGACACCUUAUGUGCCUGAGUCUCUGCCUGACUCACUAGCUGUUCCUUCUGCUCCUCUGCUGCAUCUUUCUCAUCAUUGCCUAAAUGCUGGGGGGCUCUAGAUCUUGCUCCUUAGGCCUCCUCUCUCUUACUUGCUCUAGGUGACUUUAUCCAGCUCCAUGGCUUUAAAUACCAUUCAGAUUUAUACCCCCAGCCAUGCUCUUCCAAGUCCCUUGGAUAUCUAAUAGGUAUCCUAAUGUCGGCAUACCCAAACAAGAACUUUUGAUGCUCCCUACCACAACCCACUUCUGUAUGUCUCACCAUCUUGGUAUAUGGCAAUACCCUCCAUCUAGUUGCUCAGGCUAAAACCCUAGACAUUUUCCUUUUCUCUCUUUAAUAUCCUAUACUGAAUCUGUGAGUAAGUCCCGUUGGCAUUUGUAUUCAGAUUAAAAUUCUGAAUCCAAACACUUCUCAGUACUUCCAACACUAACCUCCCAUCCUUACUGACAUUAUUUCAACGGCCUUUAACUGGUCUCUCUGCCUCCAUUCUUGCUCUCCUACAGAUGGUUCUCUAUAUAGUCGUCAGAGUGAUCUUUUAAAAAUUCAAAUCAGGGUGAG